CUGGCAGCCAGUGGCCUCUUGGGCGAAGACUCGCAGAAGCGGCCUCGGAAACCUGGCUCGCGCGGGGCGGGAAGGCGCAGGCGGCUCGUGUCGCUGACACGCUCACCCUCCGUGCCUGGCCGCGCCUCUGCGACCAGGUGACCCAAUGAAAGAGGAAAAUGAAAGGCAUUAAGAAAAGUCUUACAGAAGAAUAUCUAUACUUGGACUUUUCUCACCAAACGGAAGGAUGUAUCUUUCCUCUUCAUACAUCUGUAACUUUAUUUUUGUUAUCAUACUGUGACUGCAAAAUCUUCAAAGUUGGCUUAGUCCUCACAAAAGAAAGCACAGUUAUUUCACUAAAAAAUGUAGUGCCCCAGGAUGUUGAAAUACAGAUUAUUUCAAAGCAAGAACUUCCAGCAAUAGUCCAGAAUUGCUGUUUACCUGCAGUAGUAGAAAAACCAGACAAUUUCUGUAGAGCAGGACUUGCUGUUGUACUGAGACACAUAAUCCAGAAAUCAUAUGAAGCUGACCCCUCAAAGAAGGAAAUUUUGGAACUUCUGGGUUUUAAGAAGACUUGCUUGAAAGCCUGUGCUGAAGUUAGUCAGUGGACCAGGCUAUGCGAACUCACCAUCCCUUUAGCUAUUGAGAAUUUUCUCAAAGAGUCUUCUGACCAGCACCCAACUAUCCCUGCAGAAAUACUGCAGCUAGAGAGAAAGCUCAGUGAGCCCGUUAGAGUGCAUAAUGAUGACAAACUCCGUCGCCAGAAGCUGAAGCAACAGAAGGCUGCUGGGGUUGGGCCUGCCCAUGCUAAGAGCAAGGUCCUUAGACAAGAAACAUCUGAAGAGUUGGACUCUUCAUCCAAGAGCCUGGAACUGCAAGUGGCAUUCUCAAAGCUCGCAGUGUACGAAGAACCAGCUACUACCAACAGGGAGCCUUCUCACAUCAGAAAAGCAAAAGUGUCUGACCUUCCGCCUCUGGAGCAUGUGUUUGCAGAAGGCCUGUACUUCACUCUGGCAGAUAUCGUGCUCUUGCCCUGUAUCCAUCAUUUUUUGGCAAUUAUCUGCAAGAAACUUUCUGAAAAGCUGAUAGAAUUUCCACUGCUGGCUGCUUGGUACCAAAGGAUUCAGGAAAUGCCCAGAGUAAAAACAGCAGCUUCUCAGUGUGGGAUCCAAUUUCUCCAUUUACCAGAGUUGCUGACCACCUUGAAGGAACAAGAUGCAAACUUAAGUGAGGUCCCAGGUGUAGAGGAGCAAAAUGAUGCUUCAUUUUUAGGAGGACCAAGACCCACUAUGACCAAGCUAAUGGAAAAAGGCAUUGAAGUGAUGUUUUCUCCCCACCCUUGCCCUACUUGGACCCUUGAUUGGAAUAGUCUUCCUGCAGCAGUGAGCCCAAAGGAAGGCAAAAUGUCCAGUGAUCGCGCUUUAAGGAAGCAACAGCAGUUAAACAACCUUGUUUAUGUGGUGACAAGUCAGGCCAAACCCGGUGACAGAAUUGUGGAUUUCUGCAGCGGCGGGGGCCAUGUUGGCAUUGUCCUUGCUCACAUGCUGCCAUCAUGCCAGGUUACGUUAAUAGAAAACAAGGAACUAUCAUUAAUUCGUGCUAAGAAGAGAAGUGAUGAACUAGGUUUAAGCAACAUUUGGUUCAUUCAAGCAAAUAUGGAAUAUUUUACAGGGAUGUUUAAUAUUGGGGUGGCAUUGCAUGCUUGUGGAGUGGCAACAGACAUGGUGAUUGAGCACUGCAUCAAAACGCGGGCUGCCUUUGUCACAUGCCCUUGCUGUUACGGUUUCAUUCAGAACACCUCAAAGUUUAAUUUUCCAAAAAGUGAACAAUUCAAGAAAACUUUAUCGUACAAGGAACACAUGAUUCUGUGCAGAUUUGCGGAUCAGACAGCUGUCCAGCUUCCAGCCCAGCGAAGGCUCAUAGGAAAACAGUGCAUGUGCCUGGUGGAUCUGGAUCGAGCAAGAGCUGCAGAAGAACGUGGUUACUCCGUUCAAGUGAUAUCCAUGGAGCCGGAGAGCUGCUCUCCCAAAAAUAACAUGAUCGUGGGAGUCCCCAUUUAGAAGGAGAUAUUCCCAUUUGAUGUUUUGCCAUCCGUUUUCAUGAUGAAAGCCCAGUGGCAUUUAGGAGGUUCUUGGCAUAACUAGAAAACAGCAUUAGCCAUCUUGAACUUAUUGUGCUCAGGAAGGAGAGCAGCAGGAAAAUCAUGGAAGAAAGGCUGCCUGCAAAGCAUCACAAAUGCUCUUGUAAUGUAUGAUUAAAGGACCGCUGGUUUUCAUAGUGAGAA